AGUGCAACGAUCAACACCGACUGCGGAAACUUUUCGGACCUCCAUUCGAUUCUGCGAAUCGACAAAAUCAUGCGCUCCUUCUCGCCCGUUCUCGCCCUGCUCGGCGUGUUCUCCUGCGCCUCAGCAACUUCGCUCACCUACAAAUUACCCGCGAACACGCAUGAAUGCGUCUACGCGCAUGUCGAGGAGCCAGGAACCAAGGUCUCAUUCUGGUUCGCUGUUCAGGCAGGUGGAGACUUCGACCUUAGCUACUCGGUCCACGGUCCAGACAAGGUUUCUGGAAAGGAGCGUCUUAUCCUAGACGGCGAGAAAGAGCGACAGGGCGACUUUGUGUUCACGACGACAGAGGUUGGCGAAUACCGAUUCUGUCUGGACAACACAAUCUCCACUUUUGCGGACAAAGUGGUGGACUUUGAUGUUACGGUGGAAAAUGAGGGCGUAGCACAACUUCCGCAAAAGGCAGGCGCCACGCCAGAGCAAGUCGGCAGCGUGGAGGAGAGCAUCACGAGGCUUUCCGGCCAAGUGUCGACCUUGACGAGACAACAGAAAUACUUCCGCACUCGCGAGAACAGGAACUUCAGCACUGUCAGGAGCACGGAAGCCCGCAUAUUCAAGCUCAACUUGAUGGAGACCGGUUUGAUGAUUGCCAUGGCUGCUCUGCAGGUUUUCGUGGUGAAGAUGUUCUUCACUGGUGGUCGCAAGGGCUAUGUUUGAGACUGCACGCUGGUCGCUGUACUUAUAGAAUAGAUGUUAAUGCAACGAUGCACGUUUUGACGAGCACAUACCGCACU